AUCCCAAACUCAAAGAUCAUUGUUCGCACUCUCACCACUCCAUCCACUUCUCAUCGAACGAGGUACUCAAUCGGUGCCAGCGGCCGAAGAACCACCAUUUUAAUGCCCUCUCCAUCUUUCACCGGGACCAAUCCUUCCACCAACACAACCACUGACCUUUCGCACCAAUUGCAAGGCGUCACCCUAGGCAACAACAACAACAAUCCCCUCUCCGAAGUCAACUCCAACUUCAAUGAGAAUGAGAAUGAGAACGAGAACGAUACCCCCACCACAUACACAUACACCGAAAGACCAACCCAGCAAUGGGAUCCCACAAUCGACGCCAUCUGCAGCGUAAUACGCACCGCCUUCCCCUCCAGCCCGCACAACCCCGUCACCACCACCACCACCACCCGCCCCGACUUCCAGUCCUACUGGCACGGCGUGUUCACACAACUCAUAUCCACCGUCGCCGCGGACGCAACCAUCCCUCAACACCUAACCUCCCCGCCGGUGAAAGACUUCGAGAUCAAGGUCUUUGACAGGGGCCACGUCGGUGGGUGUCCGUGCUGUCUCCCGGACGUGGAAGCCAACAUCCUCUUAGAGAACGAGGAUGGGGUGACAAAGGUUGAUUUUGUGAGGGGGGUGAGGGAUUAUUUGUUUGCGGGGGAUACUACUAGUAGUACUAGUAGUAAUACUGUGCCGUUGGUGAAUACGGAGGAUGUGGAGAUAGAGAUGGAGACGGCGCUUGUGUAUAGCGCGCAGUGGAUGAAUCCGUUUCUGAAUCAUCGGGGCGUGCCGGAGGUGUUUUUGUAUUGUUGUUCGGCGGGGCGGAUGGAGGAGAUUUUGAAGGAGGAAGAGGAGGAGGAACGAGAUGGGGAGAAGAAGAUGGAGGAUGAGAUGCCGAAGGGCAGGCCGAGGACUAGGAGAGCUUGAGGACAGGGGUAGAAGAUACGGAAAGAUACUGUAACUCACCUUGGAUGCUGAUUCUCUCCUCUUUACUAUUAGUAGGUUGGUAGUAUUGACCUACCUUCGAGAAGAAUGGCACGGAAAUAGUGCGAAGGUUCCGAGUUUUCCACGUCAUCCCAUUUUCUUUCAACUUGGUUCCUGAAUAAA